GCAUAAAGUCCACAGAAGACAGCAAUCGACUCAGCAGACAGGUAGAAGAUGGGAACGGAUCAGAUACUGGAGUAUUUUGCAUUGAGCGGACCUGUAGCGUCAGUGUUAUAGAAUAGGCUUUGCGUGCCUUGGAUUAUUGUCAGUCACAUUGAUUACAGAUUGCUUCUGCAUUUGAGGGAACGCGAAAGCUACGUGUAUAGGCUUCAUUACCUUAUCUCUGAAUUAGGCUAAUCUAUAAAUACAAUCAUGGUCGUGUUUAUUAGAACAAUUGUCAUAUUGUUCUAUUUUUUAGUUAUUCUAUACUCCAGAUUCGUUCAUUGCAUGGAGAGUGAAAGUGAACUUUGCUACCCUAUUAGACUGGAUGACCAGAAGUAUGAAAAUAAUGAAUUUGACAACGGUGAGGAUAUUCUUACGGGAAGAAUUGUUCUUAAAAUAAGCGCCUUUCAUCAGGAACUCGUGCUGGAUUUACAUCCAGAUUCAAAUUUCCUCGUCCCCACCGUCUCUGCAGACAGCCGUGCCACCGCAGCCUCCAGGUCAUCUGCAAGCCGCGACCUAAGCCGUUGUUUUUACUCAGGUUAUGUCAACUCAGACCGGCUCUCAUACGCAGCGCUGAGCCUGUGCAAGGGCUUGCAAGGCGCAUUUGGUUUCAGAGGCUGGGAAUAUUUCAUCAACCCUGUCCACAAUGAUACCACUUCAGGAAAUAUCAGGAGCGGCGAGAGCGUGCACGUUAUCCGGCGCCGUGGCAACAACGGUAACUCGACUUCCAGGUGCGCGGUGGACACAGGUGUGAGACCUGAGGUCGCUGCGUCUUUAUUGAAUUACAAGCACUUUCGUAAAGUGCACAAUGUGACUGAAACAGUGCUGAAAGGCAUUCAGGGUAGAUCCAAGAGAUUCGCUUCCAUUCCCAGAUACGUGGAGACGCUGGUCGUCGCGGAUGAGUCCAUGGCUAGUUUCCAUGGUGAUGACCUUAAACAUUACCUCUUGACCCUUAUGUCCGUCGCAGCGAGACUGUACAAACACCCCAGUAUUCUCAACUCCAUCAACAUCGUGGUUGUUAAGUUCAUUGUGCUAACUGAUGACGAGAAAGGACCCAAGGUGUCUGGCAACGCAGCAAUGACGCUGCGUAACUUUUGCACUUGGCAGAAGAAGAUGAACAAGAAUAACGACAAGCACCCAGAGUAUUGGGAUACAGCCAUCCUGUUCACCAAGCAGGACCUUUGCGGUGCCUCCACCUGUGACACCCUGGGCAUGGCUGAUGUAGGGACCAUGUGCGACCCAAAGAGAAGCUGCUCUGUGAUAGAGGAUGACGGCCUACCCUCCGCCUUCACCACUGCUCAUGAGCUUGGCCACGUGUUCAACAUGCCACAUGACAAUGUGAAAGCGUGUGAAGAGACUUUUGGAAAACUCAAGGACAACCAUAUGAUGUCACCCACCCUGAUCCAGAUCAACAGGACCAGCCCCUGGUCUCAGUGCAGCGCAGCCAUAAUCACUGACUUCCUGGACAGCGGGCAUGGCGAGUGUCUGCUCGACCAGCCGCUGAAGCCUCUGGCCCUGCCUGACAUCCUCCCUGGAGCCUCCUACAGCCUGGAUCGGCAGUGUGAGCUGGCGUUCGGAGACGGCUCCAAGCCUUGCCCCUUCAUGCAGCCACCCUGCGCCCGGCUGUGGUGCACAGGGAAGACCCGGGGCCAGCUGGUGUGUCAGACGCGCCACUUCCCCUGGGCGGAUGGCACCGCCUGCGGGGAGGGACAGAUGUGUAUGAGAGGUGUCUGCAUGGAGAAGACGGAUGUAGAUAAGACUAAGGUGGACGGUCGAUGGGGUAGAUGGGGUACGUUUGGUUCUUGUUCCCGCACGUGUGGUGGCGGUGUUCAACUGGCCAAGAGGGAAUGUAAAAAUCCAGUGCCCUCCAACGGGGGGAAAUACUGCCAAGGUGUCCGGGUCAAAUACCGCUCCUGUAACCUGAACCCCUGCCCUGACACAGGCAAAAGCUACCGGGAGGAGCAGUGUGAGGCCUACAACGGGUUCAGCCUUAACACUAACCGACUCACGCCUUCCGUGGUCUGGGUUCCUAAGUACUCUGGGGUCUCUCCCAAGGACAAGUGCAAGCUCAUCUGCAGGGCUAACGGCACAGGAUACUUCUACGUCCUUGCACCCAAGGUGGUGGAUGGGACGCCGUGCUCUCCAGAUUCUUCCGCAGUGUGUGUCCAGGGCAAGUGUAUCAAGGCUGGAUGUGACAGCAAGCUGGGCUCCAACAAAAAGUUUGACAAGUGUGGCAUCUGUGGGGGCGACAACAAGAGCUGCAAAAAGGUGUCAGGACUUUUCGCCAAGCCCAUACAUGGUUACAACUUUGUGGUGAUGCUGCCGGUUGGGGCAUCGAACGUUGAUAUACGUCAGCGCGGCUACAAGGGCAUGGUGGGCGACGACAAUUACCUGGCUGUGAAAAACAGCCAAGGCCAGUACUUGCUCAACGGCAACUAUGUUGUGUCUGCCGUGGAGAGGGACAUCAUCGUGAAGGGCAGCUUGCUUAGGUACAGCGGUACGGCCGGGCUGGCUGAGACCCUGUCGGCUGUUAAGCCGCUCCGCGAGGCCCUUACCGUCGAAGUGCUCUCUGUCGGUCAGAUGACCCCUCCUCGCAUCCGCUACUCCUUUUACCUGGCCCGCGAGAGCAAGGACAAGAAGAAGGAGGACCGGGUGAGGUCCCAUAAUAGUGUUCUAGCGGAGGAUGUUGGCGGGGACCAGAAGGGAGGAGACCUCCUGAAGAAGUCCUCGUACAGUAAGGAGAGGCCUGUCCCUGGGAAGUGGUCCACAACCGGCUGGGACGAAUGCUCGGUGACGUGCGGUAGUGGGGUUCAGUUGAGGCUGGUGCAGUGCCUGGGGCAGGACGGGGAGCUAGGGUUAGACUGUGACCCCACCGUGAGGCCCUCGGCCACCAGGGCUUGCGGGGAUCCCUGUCCGGUGUGGGAGAUUGGGGAUUGGUCGCCCUGCUCCAGGACCUGCGGGAAGGGCUUCAAGAAGCGGCCGCUACGUUGCACCACCCAGACAGGGCUGCUUCUGCCACGGGACCACUGCAAUGCAGGGAAACGCAAGCCACAGGAGCUGGACUUCUGUCAGCUAAAGCCUUGUUAACCAUCCACCAAACCCUGCCAUGGUCUCCUCCUUGUCUUAAGUAAUAUGCCUCAAUGGACUGGUGCAUUUGUAAAAUAUUGCAAGACAAAACCAGCAACAAAAGAAGGACACAAUGUUGUUGGUAAGACAGAAAGACUAGGAGGAAGAUGUGCUGUUGUCUUUAGGUCAUUAUUUAGUUACAACACCUUAGGAGGGUCCUGUAUUACAGAACACAGUUGGUGUUGUUUCUAUUUAUGUUUGUUUGGAUCCCAGUGUAUUCUAGAAUGUAUGCUAGAAUGUCAAUAUGCCAGCAAUCCAUCCAGUUGACCUGAUGUGUCUGGAAUCAAUGCACCAUCUUGUGGCCCCGCUGGUGUUCUAAAAUUCCGGUUCUGCGGAAUAUUAACUAACAAUAACUAACUGGCCAGCCAACUGUCCACUCAUCUAUCUCACCCACUUGUACUGAAGCCAGUUUGUAGGGAAUGUAAAGAAUACAGACAGUAUGAAAAUACCAUUAGCUUUCUGGACUAAGAUCAUAUUGCCCUUGUACUGCAUGAGAAUACUUCAUAAUGAUGCCAGAAGGCUUAUUGUAUCCCUGUUACGCCAAGUGGGGAGAAUAAGAAACAGACCAGUGUUUGUACUAGAUACAGUAUACCGGGUAUUGUAGCACAUAUUAUUGUACAGCGUAUUACCAUUAGAUCACGGUAGCAUUGGUAAAACAUAUUGCCCUGACAAAAUUUCUGUCUGUUUCUGUCAGUAUGUCGAUCAUUUCAGAAUUGUUCUAGAGUCAACAUGUUCUCAUUAGGAAUAUUCUUGGUGAGCAUAGAAUGUAAUGAUGGGAUACCUGUUCUGUGAUCCAUGAAAAUAAUUGGUUUUCUAUUGCCUUCUGCUGCUCCCCAACAUGAAAACCUGCUUUUUUUGCAAUGACAAAAAGGGGUAGUGCUCCUCUUGCAAACUUUACAAGGGAGGAGAAAUUUACUUUAUAAAGACUUCAGACAGUGAAACUUUCAGUAAUGGAAAUGGUUACAGAAAUCGUCCUUGUGGGGGCUUUAGUCCCCAAAUGUGGUGUAGUCAUUCUCCGGAAGGGAACUGGGACAGGAUAGAGGAAACCUGCUCCCCACUUCUCUGUAGUUGUCUGUACACAGUCACCACCACUCCAGGAUGUUAGCAAGAGAGAGAGUUCUCAGCGAUGCCAUCAUCCUCUAAGUUAGGCUGCGCCCACACUUAGCUGACUGCCCAUUACCACGUUGUGUAGCUCAGGUAAGCAGAAACUGGUGCUGACUCAGCUGGCUACCAGACUAAUUCUCUGUUUCCUCCACCCAUUCCACCUCUCCAAUACAUUCUCCAACUCUAACCUUAACCCAUUCAAACCGUUCCGCCAGUUUUGCAGCUGCUAAAUCAUGUCCACCUCUCUGGCACAGUUGCCAUAGCCAAUUUAUUUAAUAAACGAAACAAUCAAGUUGUGUAGAUCUUUCUGAGGCUGUUACAGUGUGUUCUGGUGGAGCUCUCUUGUUCAUCCUGUCCAAGGCCGGCAUUGUGCCCGAUGCAAGAGAUGAGCUGUUCUUUGUACACAGUUAAAGGAUCCCCCUGUAAUCUAUUAUAUGCUUCUUGUUUUGGUUCUUCAGAGGGACCACAUUGUCCAUCUAAAAGAUGGUUCCUGUAUUACUUGGAAUAUUUUAUUUGUCAGUAAUCUUUUGCACUUUGUACAGCAAAAGGGUGCAAUGUCAUGUCCCUGCAUGGGCUGUCUUGUAUACUAUGUAUACUGUGCAACCAUUCGGCUGUGCGUAAAAUAAGUACUUUUAAAAUACUUUUUUCAUCUUUUUUUGUGGUUUGUUUUUUUGUCUACAUUGGCAUUUUUUGAAUAGUCUUUGACUUCAAGAUAUUUAUUCCAAAUAAAAACAUUUACAAACUAA